AUGUCCGCCGACAACACGACCGAGGCAGCCGAUAGAAAUGUCGAAAUAUGGAAAAUCAAGAAACUCAUUAAAAGUUUAGAAGCUGCACGGGGGUAAGUACAGAUGUAAAAUAAACAUAGUAAUACCGAUAGUCAACUUACUGGUCCUUAGAGAACGUAACGUUCUGUUCGUCGUACUUAUAAGUGAAACGAUCGAACAACGAUCAUCACACCAAGAAAGGGAUACGUUUAAAAUCGUCUUUUUUUCACGAAGCAGUAAGUUUAUAUAAGCGUAAAUAUGUGUUUGUGCUAAUCUAUAUAGAUAACUAAACCAGGAAACUAUCAUGAUAGAUUCUUGUGAGUACUAAAUUUUCGCAUAUAAGAAUUAUAGAGAACUUGGGCAACAACUUUACGCUCAGCUGAAAAUUAAUUAAGCUUAAAAAAUUUUCAAAUUUUGGACUUGAGACUUAAAACAAUUCUAAAAUUAGCCUCGCAAAAAACAACAAAAUUCAUGCAUACUGUAGCCUUGUUUUAUGUCAAACUAGCGUUAUCCUUAACUUAUGUUGCUUUUACAAAAGUUGAAAAUGAAAUAUUAGUCUUUUCUCGAAAUUCUUACUAAAAGCCAUUAAAUCCGUAGGGAGUCCUGAUUUUUUGUGGAAUUCUCCUUUCGAUUGGAUGGGGCUGGCCAGAACUGGCUGUGUGUUUUAAAAGUAAAAGGGACUUUUUAGAGUUAGUUAGGAAUUGACUGAUUUGGUGGGAAAGUUAUGAUCAACACUGUAAUUCUCUUUAAAACAGGACUGGUCUGGCCAACCAGUUUUGACAAAUGGUAAGCACCCUUUGUUGCCUUAUGCAAUGGUACACCUUGAACAAGUUGUUUAUUUUUAAGCAAGUUCACUCUUAAAGUAAUGAUGAUGAUGAAGAUAAACCUGCUGCCUAACGGGUGCCCGGUCACCUGAGGCACCCACGAUUUGCCCGUGGGUGACCAAAAUUUCGAAAAAGGAGCCCUAACAGGGGCCUAAUACUUAUGAUUCCAGGCCAACUUCUGGUGAACAAACACCCUGCUCAUUUUACACCUGUGAAAGGAAAACGGAAAACAUUUGGUCGUCAGCCUGUUGAAUGAUCAAGUUAAAAUUCAAUAAACGAAACAAUCAUUAAUCUUAUCGUCUCUUAAUGAUGUGAAAUCCCUGUAAUGUUUCCCUCGCUAAAGACCUCAAGCUCUUAAUUAUUGUUUAACAUGCCUACAGAAAUAGCGUGAAGCUUGUGUAUACAUUGACAUUUUCAAUACAUUUACCUUUCUGUUCCACUUGUGCCUCAAAAUGACAAAGUCUAUGUUUGACUGUGAGUUAUAUCUGUAAAGAAGUCUAAAUCAAGCCAAAACAGAAAGAUAUUGGAAUCCUCGUGAAGACUUUGGAACGAAAACACGUGCCACUGAUAAGCCGCCAUGUUUGUUUUCAACAAUUCACAGCGAUCAAACGUGUGUACAUGAACAAUUCCCUCCAAACUGCCCUUAAAUUUCACCCUUUAUAAUUCACCCUUUAUGAUUGUUAUCUAUCUAGUUUCCGGGCUCGCUAUUUUGUUGCACAGCACUAUUGUUAUAAUUUUUUCCUAAAAAAAGUCUUUCACGUUUUGAUGUCAAAAAAUGAUAUGAUGAUGUGUUGUAGAAAUCAGUCCCCAUACAAGAAGUACCUAUCUGUUUAUAACAGAACCACUGUAAUGGUGUCUCAUCGAACGAAUCGUGUAACAUUGUUUAUACAUUGUGUUGUUUGGAACUUUAGCAGGAUUUUGCCUUUACAUUUUCAAAUCUUCACAACAAGUAGGACACAAAAUUUGCAAAUGUUCAUUUCUUUAUUAAUUUCGGUGAAAACUGGUCACAAAGCUGCGACUGCUGAAGAAGUUUUAGUCGCAAAGGGAAAAAACUUAGUCGCAAAUGCAACUGAUACACUUGCACUGUCGAGCCCUGUAUUGAUAGGGUCAUCAUGGUGAACUAAUAAAUUAAAACUAGAUAUAGGUACCCUGGCUCCAGGGUUCUGUUCUCGAAAUACAAUGAGGUAAAAAACCUCUAGUACACGUCACACACAUCACGUUUUUGCUUGUUUUUUGUAAUUUCUCUCUAAUCAAGGCCCCUGAUUUUAGUGCAUUUAUAUGUGAUACUCAAUCAAUUCAGAAACAAAUCAUUGAGUACGAAUAAGAAUACUCAACCGUCAAUAAAGCAGGAAGUGAGAAACUUUUAUGGAGGAAAUCCCAUUUCAUGUAGAAUUAAUCACGUCCUCAUUUCUUAUCUAAUCUACAAGCAAGUGAGAAUUAACACUUUUAAAAGUGUUCUUAUGUGAUUUAUGGUCAAAGCAGCUAGUUUGUAUGGCACAGUUAGUCAAGUAGGAUCCCCUGACCUGAGUUUUAUACUUGUGUUCUUGUUUAUAGGAAUGGAACAAGUAUGAUCUCUUUGAUUAUCCCGCCAAAAGAUCAAAUCUCCCGUGUAGCAAAGAUGUUAGCAGACGAAUUUGGUACUGCCUCAAAUAUUAAAAGCAGAGUGAACAGGUAACUUCCUUUCCCUUUUUUUUUCACUUUCAGCUUUCAUUUUUUUUCAUUCAAUUAUUUAAAAAAACUACUGUUUUUGUUUCGUUCAUGUUCAUGAGGUUUGAGAAAAAACAGUUGGGCUUCAAUGGAGCAGUGUGCUACAGCUGUGUGUGAAUGAAAUGCUAGAUGACUAUGUGACUCUUUGUUACAUCUGUAGCAGUAUUGUUUGGAACUUUAUGUAAAAUUGUACUUUUGUCUUUCAGGUUGUCUGUUCUAAGUGCUAUUACAUCAGUACAGCAGCGACUGAAACUUUAUUCAAAAGGUUUGUUCCUCUUAUUUCUUUUUUUUUUUGAGUUUUUAAGCACAUGGUUUCACUAUUUUCAAAUAGAAGGGAUGAAGGAAACAACUGACUGUUGAAGUAUUAGCCAGCUAGCGUAAGAUGUUUUGCAGGUGGAAAUUAGCCCAAAAUACAAGUACAGUGCUGGCUAAUUUCUGUGGUGGAAAAAAACAGCCCUUAAAACUAACUGCCACAAAUAUGAAAGUUUGUUUUAAGGUAUCAAUCUACACUGUCAGUAUCAUGUCAAAAUUGACAAAGAUGCAGAGGGAAAUAUGUUCCUUGAUAAGCAGUUGGGGGUACAAUGUAGCUCCCCAUAAAGAAAUACCCUACAUCUGAGUAUUUUGCGGAUAUUCAACACACAAGGAAUUCUCAACUUACAGUACAUCAUUAGGAGUAACACUGAACAUAAACCUUGCAGAUGUCGUAUUUGUUGCUUAUUGUGUUUUGCUGUGUAUUUAUCAUAACAGUUCCUACCAAUGGCCUUGUGGUUUAUUGUGGAACAAUUGUAACAGAUGACGGCAAAGAGAAGAAAGUGAACAUAGACUUUGAGCCUUUCAAACCAAUCAACACAUCACUUUACUUGUGUGAUAACAAGUUUCACACAGAGGUAAUCUUUCACUGAGUGAUAAGAUGUGUAAUAAUCACCACAAAAGAACAUGUUUGUGGACACUUCCUCAUGAAAGGGACAGUGUUGCUUGUCAGAAAUUAGAAUUCAACCUCUAAAAAAGACUAAUCUGGUGAUUGCUCAGGCCUAAUUGCGCCCAAAAUAGAACAUGAAGUUAAAGCUACAGAGGUUUAAUUGCACUAAAGAUGUUCACAUCAAAUGCUAUUUUGAACUCAGUAUAAGUGUGUUUGGUUCUAUUUUCAAGACGUUUCUUUGCCCACAAACCUGUAUGGUAAAAAAUAUUUCUUUUCUGUUGUAAACUUUCGAAGAGAGACUGAAAUGUACCAUUUGCAUCUGAAAGCUAGACAACAAGCAUCCCUGUCCCUUCAUAAAUUAUUGAACUCCCCCUCAGAAGAACGGUAACAGUUUGGAGGUCGAUUUUGAUAUAAUGAUGAAGAACUCAGUUUAAACAACCCAUCCAUAAAUGUACAUAUGUAUUUCACUCAGCCCAAUUUGCCUGCUUGGUGGAUUUUGCAUGGAGGAAGAGAGGAAACUGAUUAGCACGCAAGUGUGAAACAAGUUUUCAGAUCUGCUCAUUGUUGCCAUUUUAUAUACCAUAUGAUUUACUUGUGUUUAUGUCCACAUUAGGUCAAGAAUCUAUAGCUCAUGCCUUUGAAAAAAGUAUAUUUUGUCUUUUUUUAUUGCCAGGCACUUAAUGCUCUACUAGCAGAUGAUAAUAAGUUUGGUUUCAUUGUAAUGGAUGGUAAUGGUGCACUUUUUGGUGUCCUUUGUGGCAAUACAAGGGAGGUUCUUCACAAGUUUACAGUGGAUCUUCCAAAGAAGCAUGGUUAGUAAAAGUCUAUUUCAGAAACUCUGAAAUCACCAGUUUCCCUCACUUUGACUGACCCAUAGAAAAGGAAAAAAUAUCAACAUUUGCUGGUGGUCUUUUACUUUGAUGAAAGUGAUAACAGUCUGUAGAUUGAGUAUUUUUUCUUGGUUUACAGGGCGUGGUGGACAGUCUGCUCUUCGUUUUGCUCGAUUGAGAAUGGAGAAACGUCACAACUAUGUUAGGAAAGUAGCUGAGACUGCAGUACAGCUUUACAUCUCCAAUGACAGGGUGACUAAUAAAUACAAGUUUAGUAACACACAUACCUCCAAAUUUCUUUUUGAAAGUUUCUAAGAAAUAGAAUAGUACCAUGCAAAAGUUCUGCCAAAGAAGUUUCAUUUGAAUGGUAACACUGCAUAGGAUUUUGUCCAGAGAUUUAAGAAUUAAAAAAAUUAUGUCAAAUCGUCUCACCAUAAGUCUAUGUACAAGUGAAAGGGUUUAGGUGUAGCCAUCCUCAUCAGCAAAAUGUUGAACAAACCUUGACUAUCUGCAUUGUAUAUAACUUAUUGUAUAUUUUUGUGUUGUUGUUUUUCAGCCUAAUGUUACUGGUUUAAUCUUAGCUGGCUCUGCUGAUUUCAAGAGUGAACUUAGCCAAUCAGAUAUGUUUGACCAGGUCAGUUUAGAAUAUGUAAUAAGUAUGACAGAUAGAAUUUUUAACUUGCUGCUGUGUGUGUUUGUUAAACACACUGUUUGGCUUAACUUGCAGUCAUUGGACCCCAAGUCCUUGGUCCUUGUUGUGUAAGCAAAAGGUAAACCAGAAAGGAAUCUUUCUUAAUGGGUUUAAGGUGAUAUAUAGACUAAGUUUCUUGAGGUUGACAUCUAUGCAAAUGCCUUGUCAGUUUUCUACUGCAUCUCCCUAAAACCAUUUGACAGCUGUUCCCCAUUCACACUACAGUUCCAGUGUGUGUGGUUUUAUGCUGUCUAGAUUAACAUGAGUCUUUUCACUCUCCACUGUUUUGCUACUUUUUAAGUGGUGUUCUUAGACAGCAGAGAAUUUUGCGGGCUCAAACAGCUACAUCAAACUCAGCCAUUCUUUUUAUUGGUGCAGGAGCAGGGCUAACUAAUGUCACUCCUAUGAUGCUGAAUGCCAAGCCCAACUAACAUUGCUGAAGGUGUUUGUUCUUGUUAGUUCUUUUAUGUUGCCCCUGUUAGUAAUGGUCCAGUAUGGUGAACUUUUAUGUCUUUUUCAUUCUUUGCUUGUUUCAGAGGCUACAAUCAAAAGUACUGAAGCUUGUAGAUGUGUCAUACGGAGGUGAAAAUGGCUUUAAUCAGGUCAGCCUGUGUUGUAGUAAUGUAUGCAGCAUCAUAACUCUGUUACUAACCUUCUCGGUCUGUACUGUAAGUUUAAAACCUCUUUGGUUGAUUUAAGGCCCAGUUAUGCAAAGUGCAUAAGCCAUAACGCAAUGGGAGAAAAUAGCAUUGAGUACUUACAGUACAGCCUGAAAAGGCAAGUUCUUUAAGAUAUUUUCUAUCUUUGUGGUAAAUCAGGCACGCUGAAAAUUAUACCUUCAAAUUAAGAAGGCCUGAAAAUUAGAAUAUAGCCUAUAAAACUGGUGCACACAUUGCUUGUACUAACAGAGUUAUUUAAUAAUAGAAAUUUACUAUAUAAACACCAAUGAAAUACCAGGUGAGCUUUUGUGCAAAAACUUGAUUUCUUCACGUGUGAAAAUAUCACCGUUGCUGUGGCUACAUAAAAAUCGCAACUUUCACACCAAAAACGUUUUUGUUAUAUCAUUGGUGUUUAUAUACAUGUAAUAAACAGAACAUUACAUGGUCGCUUGGAGAUACGAGAUUUCUCUUCUCAUGUUGAGAAAAAUGUUUCACUCAUUCACUACGCUCACUCGUGAAGUAUUUGUCAACACUCGAGAAAUUUUGUAUCUCUACGUGGCUAUGUUAUAUCCUCUAUAUCAUCAUUGUCUUAGCUAGUUGCUUGUUUAUGGCAUUGACCUAAUUGAAAGUCACUGCACACAUUUUUCUGGCACAAUGUUUCUUUUUGUUGUUGUUAAGUAUUGUAAUACCAACGUUUAAUAGUUCAAAAAAUAAGUUAUUAGUGCUGAACAUCUCGAUCUGCAGACAAUGUACAUUUAAUUUGAUGUUACUUAAUGGUUUUCUGUAUUACAGGCAAUUGAACUUGCUUCAGAGGUUCUUGCAAAUGUCAAGUUUAUUCAAGAAAAGAAACUUAUAGGUGACAAAUUCAUGUCUCUUAAUUUGUUUUAUCUAACUAUUCAGCAUUCUUAUGCUCUGAAAGAAGAGUGUAAUUGGGCCAUUGGAAAUUGCUAAGUAAAAACCGAAAUAACAAUACUUUGCAACUUUUCACAGCUUGCGGUUUGGGCAGGCUGUUGCUAGCAUUUUCUAGCCCAUAAGUCAUUUCAACUAGCACAAAAACCAAUUUUUGAUGAGCUGGUUUGAUUACAGUUCUUUUGUAAUUUUUAUUCUCUGUAAAAACGUUGUUUGCCCAUCGGGCAACUUAAGAACAGAACUCAGACCGAUAGCAAAAUUCACUAGCCCCAGGCUAUUGGACAAUACUUUCUUUGCAUGCUACUUUGUAAUUGUGUACAAGCAAUGCACAGUAUUUGCAUUCUGUGGUUAACUUAUAAAACGUUUACAAUUGUAAUAAUUAUAUUUACAAGUGUAGCUAUUGUUCUCAGACCCUGAAACAAUGGCUACACUUGUGGAUACACUUUUAUUAAAUUGAUCUCUCUAUGUUCUGUUUUGUCCAAAAAUAUUAUUUAGAGUGGGUGUGGUCAUGACUUGCAUGCAUUUGAAAGUGCAAAAUUUGAAAAUUGGCCUGAUUUAAAUUAAGGCAAUUAUGUUUUAAGCAUAGUUGUACUUGUUGAAGUUGAACUGUCUUGUGGUGUUUCUUAUUCCUUCUUAUUUUUGCGUAGGGAGAUACUUUGAUGAAAUCUCUCAAGAUACUGGAAAAUUCUGCUUUGGUGUGGAAGAUACCUUGAAGGUUUGUUGAAAUACCCUGAUCUCUUUCUCAUGUGUUUUACAUACAGUAGUUUUGAAUUUUUUAAAUUUUUUCCAAGUGCAUGUAGAAAAGCAUUGUUUUUGUCAGUUUCCUCACUCAAAAGGAAAUGUUUGUUAAGGGUAUUUUGUGUUAGUGUUAAAGAUUCAAGGAUAAAUAUAAAUCAUUUGAGAAGUUCCAAGAGAAUAAAGUGACCUGUUAAUGCUAUCUUUUGUUAAGUUAAAGAGUGCUAAAUUUUACACUUCUUUUUGCAGACUGUAAUGAUUUGGAAAUGACAUGUUUUAUUUUUAGGGAUUAGAAAUGGGAGCAGUGGACAUACUUAUUGUGUGGGAGAAUCUUGAAAUCAGUCGACUUGUUCUGAAAAAUCACCAAACAGAUGGUAAGUGAAUGUUCAAAAACAUUAUCUUUGGUUGUAUCUCACAGCAAGAGAGUGAGACAUUCCCUUAGUUCAUGUACAUUGUCUACUGUCCUUUCCAUCUCAUUUCACAAUGUCCCAACAGUUUAACCAUAACCUAUUCAUCCCAGAGUUAAGCAGAAACACAAUUCUCAACUAGUAUAGGAGCAGUUGAAGUGUGAGUGUUUAAGUAGUAGCAUCUAAAAGAGUGAACUUAACUUUUCUCCCCAGAGGAAAAGAUCCUUCAUCUUAAUCCUGAACAAGAGAAAGACAAGACUUACUCUAUUGACAGUGAGGUUUGUAAUCAAUAACUUAUUGACGUUGUUUUACUUUUGAAGCCCAUUUGUAGUUUCCGCUGACUGUUUUCUUUGCCUGUGUAGACUGGAGUUGAAUUGGAGCUUGUUGAAAAGAUGCCUCUUCUGGAGUGGCUUGCAAACAAUUAUAAAACAUUUGGUAAGUGUUAAAAUCUAGAUAGCCAAUCACCAUUUGGUUGAGUCAAUACAGAUGAUCAAUUUAAGUGUCUGGGAAACUGCCCACCUACCCCUCCCUAAGCCAACAAGCAACAACGACGGCGACGGCUACAAAAACGUCACUUAAAAAGUGAAUUCGCACCGCUUCAAACUUUAUCGCGCUUAUUCCAUCUCGUUUACUUCGUCAAAUGUUGGCAAAUGUUUUUGGAGUUGAAUUCUAAAGGACUGUAUCAAAGUUCAGGAAAAGAAAAGAAAGUUGUUGUCUUGUGUUCCCGUCCUCGACAAAACGUGAAUUCAGGCACUUUCACGUUGUAGUCGGGCAACGACGGCAAAGAAAUGUACAAAAAAGCGUGAUGCACGUGCAAAGUUGUUGUUUUGCUAAUCAAACCUAUUGCUUUUUUGCCGUUCUCGUUGCCGUCCGCGUCGUCGUUGCUUAAGCUCCCUAAUGUUGGCUUAAGCGCUUCAACCGGUCAAUGGAUAGGUAUUAGGAAAACGUUUGAUCCACUGGGGCCUGGCCCAGGAAACACAGGAAAUUGGAUUUUGGAGAGUCUAAUUUUAAAAAUUUCCUGGGGGAAAAUUUUGUUUUUUCCCCUGGACCUCCCUAGAAGUUCGUGCCUCCGGCAUUCAAGGUUUGCGCCGGCGGCACGAACGUUGCAAGUCCGCCAGCUAAACCUCUGCAUCGGGAACUUCCAAAUGCUACUGAAAAACAUGCUAGAACUCUUGGUCAUGAGACUGAAUUCUUAUAAAUGUCAACAAUUAUUACACUGUUUUUAGGUGCAACGCUUGAAAUCAUAACAGACAAAUCCCAAGAAGGUGCACAGUUUUGCAAAGGUUUUGGAGGAGUAGGAGGUAACUAGGAAUUCUCUUACCGUGUAAACAGUUUUUCAGUUUAUAGCAAUUUUGAUCACGUCUUUGGAAGACCCUUGAAAGAGACUUCAACCAUUUAAAGCAGUAGAUAUUAAUCCCUGCUUGUACUGUGGGCCCAUCACAACUAUACGCUGUCCAAUGCGCCGAUAAUUUGACACUGAAGCAUGUUAUUCAGCAAUUAAAACGGCUUAUAUUUCCUUAAAUACAGUGGAACCCCGUUAAUACGGUCACCGAUGGGAAAGAAAAAAUUGGCUGUUUUAACGGGUCACCGUAUUAACGAUGGUGUUUUACAAGAAAAUGUAGGGCCCUUUUCCCGGACGGCCCAAAAAAAGUGGCCCUAAUAACGAGGUGACCGUAAAGUGGGGUUCCACUGUACUUUUCUUUUCUGAACAAUCUUAAUAUAGAAAUUUAUGCCUACGGUGUCUCAUUUCUGGGCUCAAUUUCCAAGGAUUACUCUGUAGGACCUGAAUAAAGUCAACUAUCUCUUAUUUUAUUUGGCCUUUCUGGCAAAAGUUCGUUUGCGUUCAUUUCUUAGGAGAAGAGGAAAUAUGUCCCUCUCUGUACCCCUCUGUGCCAAAAAGCGCUGAAAAUGUUUCGUUCAAGUAGUAUAGGAGGGAUGAAAUUAACCUCUUUUUUGCGCAGGAAUACAUUAACUUCGCUGACGUCAUAGGCUAUUGUAUUGAUCUCAUGAAUAAAAUGCGCAGGAAUCUCAUAAAGAUAAGGUCAUGUGUUAUUUUUAUUUUGUGGCGGUCAUGGUUGGUAUAACCGGUUUGACAGGUUUUAGUUAUUUUCGGAAGAUGAUGUCAUAUGUAUUCCGGGGUACUAUGAUGUCAUAGUUGUUUUGAUUGGUUGACCGGAAUUUGAAAGACGGUCAUUGGCUGUCUCGUUUGACGAAGCAUUCUAAACUUCUCUGUGACUUAAAAUCACGGAGGCGUAAUGUAAUUAUGCAAGUCCUAUUUCCUGCUGCUGUGAUUGUCCUAGUUCCGGUUCACUGACUUUUGGCGGGCAAAUCGUGCAUAGUAAUGAGGGCAAAGACAAACUAGCUCUUGUCCUAUUUCCUGCUGCUGUGAUUGUCCUUGUUCCGGUUCACUGAUUUUUGGCGGGCAAAUCGUGUAUAUUAAAGAGGGCAAAGGCAGACUAGCUCUUUUUUACACUGCAAGCAAUGCUGUACUUAUCCCUCUCCUUUUCAUUUUUUAUUUUCCUCCUCCUCCACAAUUUUAUUAUUUUCCUUCCUCAAUUUUUUUUAUUCCCAUUUUUCCCUCCUCCUCCUCCUCCUCCUCCUCAUUUCUAUUGUUUUCCCUCCACCACCGCCACAUUUCUAUUGUUUUCCCUCCACCACCACCACCACCGCCACCGCCACCGCCACAUUUCUAUUGUUUUCCCUCCACCACCACCACCGCCACCACAUUUCUAUUGUUUUCCCUCCACCACCACCACCACCACAUUUCUAUUGUUUUCCCUCCACCACCACCACCACCGCCACAUUUCUAUUGUUUUCCCUCCACCACCACCACCACCACAUUUCUAUUAGAGAACUUAAGCACGCGCGUUUUUGAGACGCGGACGGUAACCGGAAGUCACCUACUUUCACUUUUAACUUGUCCUCACACAACCAUAUUCACAUUGCUAAGUAUCUUUUCUUCAUUAGAGAUGAGUAAUAUAAAAAUCUGGGAGACAAUACGGUCCUAGCAUGCGAAAUCUUCUCUUCCGGUAGCCGUCCGCGUCUCAAAAACGCGCGUGCUUAAGCUCCCUAUUGUUUUCCCUCCCCCACCACCACCACAUUUCUAUUGUUUUCCCUCCACCACCACCACCACCACAUCUCCAUUGUUUUCCCUCCUCCUCCUCCUCCUCCUCCUCCUCCUCCUCAUUUUUAUUGUUUUCCCUCCUCCUCCUCCUCCUCCUCCUCCUCUUCCUCCUCCACCUCCUCAUUUUUAUUGUUUUUCCUCGAAAAGGCCAAGAGGCUAAAAUCAGACCAUCACAUCAGCAAUAAAACAGUUCAUUCACCAGCAGAGCACAACAAUCAUGUUUCAUUGCUUUUUCGGAGCAACCUCUUUCUCGUAAACACGAACCACAUUGCUGUUUUGUAGUUUAGCAAAUUGAAGCCAAUGUGUUGAUCUGCUAAUCGAACUAAAAUGAUUAAAUUCGACCAAUGAUUUAUUUACAAACUAAUUUUCUUACACGACUUACACGCGAGAUCUCCACGCGCGCCCAGAGGAAAAAACACAGGGCUAAAAAGGUGCCCUUUCUGCCCUUUCUGCUCGAUCUGCCCUUGAAAAUCAACAAUAAAUUUUGUGUUGCAAAUAGUUUUACUCAUUUGAAAGGUAAAAGGUUGUAAAGAUUGUGAAAAAAAAUAGAUUUUGUAAAUAAUUUUCGUUUCCUCAAGUUUGUAAAUAGCAUUUUAUAUAAAAGAGUUUCCUAAAUGUCUAAAAAAUGUCAUUUGUUCAUAGUUUGUAAAUAAAUCAUUGGUUGAAUUUAAUCAUUUUAGUUCGAUUAGCAGAUCAACACAUUGGCUUCAAUUUGCUAAACUACAAAACAGCAAUGUGGUUCGUGUUUACGAGAAAGAGGUUGCUCCGAAAAAGCAAUGAAACAUGAUUGUUGUGCUCUGCUGGUGAAUGAACUGUUUCAUUGCUGAUGUGAUGGUCUGAUUUUAGCCUCUUGGCCUUUUCGAGGAAAAACGAUAAAAAUGAGGAGGAGGAGGGAAAACAAUGGAAAUGUGGUGGUGGUGGUGGUGGUGGUGGAGGGAAAACAAUAGAAAUGUGGUGGUGGUGGUGGUGGAGGGAAAACAAUGGAAAUGUGGCGGUGGUGGUGGUGGAGGGAAAACAAUAGAAAUGUGGUGGUGGUGGUGGUGGAGGGAAAACAAUAGAAAUGUGGUGGCGGUGGUGGUGGUGGAGAGAAAACAAUAGAAAUGUGGCGGUGGCGGUGGUGGUGGUGGUGGUGGUGGAGGGAAAACAAUAGAAAUGAGGAGGAGGAGGAGGAGGGAAAAAUGGGAAUAAAAAAAAUUGAGGAAGGAAAAUAAUAAAAUUGUGGAGGAGGAGGAAAAUAAAAAAUGAAAAGGAGAGGGAUAAGUACAGCAUUGCUUGCAGUGUAAAAAAGAGCUAGUCUGCCUUUGCCCUCUUUAAUAUACACGAUUUGCCCGCCAAAAAUCAGUGAACCGGAACAAGGACAAUCACAGCAGCAGGAAAUAGGACAAGAGCUAGUUUGUCUUUGCCCUCAUUACUAUGCACGAUUUGCCCGCCAAAAGUCAGUGAACCGGAACUAGGACAAUCACAGCAGCAGGAAAUAGGACUUGCAUAAUUACAUUACGCCUCCGUGAUUUUAAGUCACAGAGAAGUUUAGAAUGCUUCGUCAAACGAGACAGCCAAUGACCGUCUUUCAAAUUCCGGUCAACCAAUCAAAACAACUAUGACAUCAUAGUACCCCGGAAUACAUAUGACAUCAUCUUCCGAAAAUAACUAAAACCUGUCAAACCGGUUAUACCAACCAUGACCGCCACAAAAUAAAAAUAACACAUGACCUUAUCUUUAUGAGAUUCCUGCGCAUUUUAUUCAUGAGAUCAAUACAAUAGCCUAUGACGUCAGCGAAGUUAAUGUAUUCCUGCGCAAAAAAGAGGUUAAUUUCAUCCCUCCUAUACUACUCGUUCAUAUACAAACACACGCUACACGCUUCAUCUGUAAACAUGUAUCACUUAAAACUCGCUUACUAAGGUCUUCUCUUUCUUGUGCCUUUUUGCAGGUAUUCUAAGGUAUCGAGUAGACUUCCAGUCCAUGGAACUUGACGAGUACGAUAACGAUUUUAACGACAGUGACGAUGAUGACUAGCCCAGCGGUUGCAGGUGACAUUUCCCUGCUGCCUGCCUGUACAUAGGAAACAGUCAAAGAAAGCUGUGUGGCCCUCGGAACGAAUUGCUCUUCUUUUUUAACAUCUCGAUUUAACACCCACACUAACUGUAACUUCAGAAUGCAAUUUAAAAAGAACGAUCGGGCGUGUUGUGUUCUUAAUUCGCCCAGUUUACAUGCAAGACUGUAGCGGCGCACCUCUUUUGCCAGGAGAGAACUGCGAAAGGUGAAUUAUGCAUGCAUUUCCCUUUUGGCUGUUUGCCUAAAGAGAAGACGUGAUAUGAAUAUGAAAAUUGUUUCAAGGUGUGUUUGUUUUGUUUUCCUUUUUAAUAAAUAUUAUUGUCAUGCGUUGUACCUCGGAUAUUCGGAACAACCCGAGCCAACAUUAUGUCGUUAAUGUAUCGAUAGAUUGAUUGAUUGAUUAAUCGAUUGAUUGCAAAAAAAGGACUGCCAAUGAGGUGUUUCUUGUGUAAAAGAUAUAAUUAAAUAAAAACAAAGCUUUGAGGUCUGUAAGAACUAUGAAAUGCGAUAAUCAGUUGAAUUUAGUUUGAACAGAAUUAUUAGAAAAGGUAGAAAAGUUAUCGUGUAGCCGGCAAAAAAUCCGGCACCCUUUUCACCCUUUCAAACAAGGGUGGGUGACUUUUCAUUGUAAUAAUAGCCUUUUAUGCUGUAGUCUGUUGUGAGAAUAAAAGUCGUCUG